AAAGUAGGUAAGUUAUGUUAUCAAGCUUUUUAAAAGAAAUAUAAACGAAUUGUAUCUUGACUUCAGGUCCCGUGACUAUUUGGACAUCCUUGCAACCACUGUCCACACAAAUCCCUGAUUGUCUCUGUAUUGUUUAUGGCUGUAGACAGCCCAAACUUCACCCUCUGAUUUUUUACACCAAAAAGAUACUGCAUUUUCUGUAAGAGUUCUGGCUGUGCCAUGCGACAAUACUGUGAGCUGCCCUCAAUCUCCAAAAAAAAAAAAAAAAACCGAAUGAAUUACAGAUAUCAGUGUGUCUUUGCCUCACUCUAUCUGUUUUAUCACUCUCUCAAUACAGCAAUGCAUUGUUUGAAAAGUUUCUGCUGGAUUUUAACUCAACCCCACCAGCAUCACCCUCCCUUACCCAAUUUUAGCACACUGCAACUUCUUCCUUAUGCCUCAACAACUUCCCAUUGCGAGCUUUAUGUCCUCCUCUGUCUCUGUGUCUCUUUCCAUCACACACACACACACACACACACACACACACACACACACACUUUUUUUAUUGUGCUACUCAUUCAUAUGUGACACAGCCCUUCCUAUCCUGACUCUGCUUGCUAUAUGGUAUGACUGAGGACAAACUAUAUCCAAUAUACGAUUAACUAGCUUUACACACAAGCAGAGAAGAAAGCUAGGCUUUCUAAUCAUUCAAAGUUCCUUAAGGAUUAUAGGGAUUCCAACAUGAAGCCUUAACGUUUGCUUACCUACCAGCAUAGCAAAGAACAGUGCAGUACAGUUGGAAGUUAUUAACGUUGUAAUUCCUAAGGAGAGUUUCUGCUUUCUCUCACACUUUCAUUAGGGAGAAAAUGACUUUCAUUCUGUCCUUACAAAGGAACGAUAGGGAGUGUCUCGUGUCUGUGUAAAAGCGCCUGACCUUGAAAAGGAAUGGCCUGAACUGGGCCUGAAGAAAUUGCAACAUUAAUUUACAGAACCACUUUCUCCUAGGAUGUCUGAUGAAGCGACCUAUACGACACUGAUGCUUCAGGACUCUGCAGGAGUGAGAGGUAAUCAGGAUGCAAAUAACCUACGAAAAGAAGGUAAGAGCUUAGAGAAAGCAUACCAUGACUUUGCAAAUGACAGGUGUUGAGUGCUUACAGAUGCCAGCUUUGACACUGAAGGGCAGAGAAAUGUGUGAAAUAGUCCCCAAAAUAGAGACAAACUGUCAGCAGAGUGAGUCUCCUUAAGAGAAUUGAUGGGGCUUUCAAGACCAGUGGGAAUUGUUGGAAUCACUGUUAUGAAACUCUUCACUGUACGAGAAAGUAUUAACGGGUAUGUCAGAAUUUGGGUCAGGCAGUGAAGAUGUCUAUUCAUAAACACCCUUAGAUCCUUUAUGCCUUUUUAGCAGUGCCAGAGAGAUGUUCUUCUAGAAGCCAAACAGGGUUCUAAACUCCGUAGAGGAAACCUUGCUGGUGUAUGGCAUAGCCUACUGAAGGGAAGGAGCCGAGUACAGUUGAAUCAGAAAUGAUCGUGAGCUAGCUUUUGCUCUUAUGCUGGUUUUUAACUCACUGUCUCUAGAACUCUGCCAGGGCCAGCCCUGGCAAUGGCCAGGUCCCACUAAGGAGGUAGCGAGUGGGUGAAGAAGUGAGGCAGGCACAGGCAAUCUUCCAGCCUGACUGACGAUUGGCAGGUGGAGUGUUUCUUUAUCGCUACAGAACUCAAUAGACAAGGAUAGAUUCAUAUAUUUCCAAACAUAGAUCAUAUCAUUUUUGUACCUGGACAUGUGUUUUAACUGCCUCUUGGUCAUAAGUUUAAUCAUCAAUGAUAAACUGGGACAGAACAGAUUGAUCAUCUACAACUGUUUUCCCUCAUCAACCCCAUAACCCAACUUUUAAGAAUCCAGAGGCAUAUUUUGUCAAAGCGCAGCAGUCUGUUUUCAGGCUGCUAGCUCUUGCAGUUUCAAGGGUACUAGAAAGAAAAAAUCUCCAAGCCAGCCUGGGCAGAUUGCCACGUCCCGAGCAGUGUAUUAUCAACUUUUAAUGGUCAGAGUGUUGAUUUUCAUUAGCCCCAAGAAGAAUUUUGACGCCAAAGCUGUUGCAGUUAUUAUUUAAUUUCUGGCACAGUGCAGUGUUUCUAGACUUUUAUAUACUUGGAAAUUUUACCACCAGCAGCUAACUUUUCUAAGUAAGGGGGUCUUUUAUUUCCUAGGACCGUAAGUUUAUUAUUUUUUAAAGUUUGGAUAUUUCAUUUAUUUACAUUUUAAAUGUUACCCCCUUUCCCAGUUUCCCCUCUGCAAAUUCUCUAUCCCAUCCACCCUUCACCUGCUUCUAUGAGGGUGCUCCCCCAUCCGCCCACCCACUCCUGCCUCACCACCCUAGCAUUCCUCUACACUGGGGCAUCAAGCUUCCAUAGGACCAAGGGCUUCCCCUCCCAUUGAUGCCAGAUAAGGCCCCUUUGGCUCCUUCAGUCCUUCCCCUAACUUCUCCAUUGGGGUCCCUGUGAUCAGUCUGAUGGUUGGCUUCAAGCAUCUGCAUUUAUAUUGGUCAGGAUCUGAGAGAGCCUCUCUAGAGACAGUUGUGUCAGGCUCCUGUCAGCAAGCACUUCUUGGCAUCAGCAAGUGUCUGGGUUUGGUGUCUACAUGUGGCCUGGACCCCCAGGUAGGGCAGUCUCUGGAUGGCCUUUUCUUCCGUCUCCGCUCCACUCUUUGUCCCUGUCUUUCCUUUAGACAGGAAUAAUUCUGGGUUAAAAUUUUGGAGAUGGAUGGGUGGCCCCAGCCCUUAACUGGAGGGCCAGGCCUAACCUCUGGAUAUGGUGCAUUCUUUAAUCAUAUUUUCUAUACCAGUCUUUGUCUGUAAGUAUAAAUCCUUGUGUAGGGCACAGAUAACUCUAGCCAAUGUAUUUGUUGCUAUAUCUUUUCCUGAGGGGCUAUAUCAUAUGUGGCCCCCAAUCUUUCUUUUCUAAUUUUGUAUUGAUUAUUUUAUUUAUUUACAUUUCAAAUGUUAUCCCCCUUCCUGGCUUCCCCUCCACAAAUUCACUAUUCCAUCCCCUUCCUCUCUGCUUCUAUGAGGGUACUCUUCCUGACCUCCUACCCACCCGCUCCCACCUAGCAUUCCCCUGGGGUAUCAAGCCUUCACAGGACCAAGUGCCUCCCCUACCACUGAUGCUAGAUAAGGCCAUCCUCUGCUACAUAUGCAAUUGGAGCCUUGGGUCGAUCCAUGUGUAUUCUUUGGUUGGUGAUUUAGUCCCUGGGAGCUCUGGGGAAUCUGGUUGGUUGAUAUUGUUGUUCUUCCUAUGGGGUUGCAAACCCCUUCAGCUCCUUCAAUCUUUCCUCUAACUCCUUCACUGGAGUCCCUAUGCUCAGUCUGUUGGCCCCCAAUCUUUUGUGCCAUGUAAUUGCCUGAGUAUAUAGUAAGAAGAGGCUUUUAACCUGUUCUGCCAACUUCUCUAGACCACCGAAUCUUAUUUAUGAAAUUAAGUUUACCUUGUUCUGAUUAUCUUUUUCCUGAGUAAGUACAGGGGCAGAGGUUCUAUGAGUGUGUUAGAGCUGGAGCCUCAUAAGGAGAUCUCUGGCAUCUUUAUUUGAGUCACAUCCUCCAGGGCAUAAGGAAGACCUUCAAGUAAGGCCAGGUAAGGAUAGCUCCCUGGAAGCAUGAGGUGUAAUAUGUUCAGGAAUUUCCCGGGGAAACUUAGCAGCAGUACAACUGGGAGAAGGUACACAUGAUGCAUAAGAAAUUUCCCAUCAGUCCAAUACCCCCAAGCAUGCAAUAUGUGAAGACCAAAACCAUAAGUGGAAGACAGCAUGACAGCAAUCGCAUCACCUGGCACAGCUUUGCUAGGUCUCUGUCAAGCAGUUGUGCUGGCUUUAUGACUUUUGCUGUUCUCAUUAGAUAUGGUUGUACCAGAGCCCAAGGUAUAAUUCAGAGUAUUUAAUGAUAAAAAAUCUAUGUAUACAUAUCUUUAUUGAAGUGUACAUGUAAAAUAAAUAAUAUCACUAUUUUUGCAGCUAUGGAUAGGAAAACUGAAUCUUGAAGCAGCUAGGUUGCUUUCCACUUUUGUACAGAAUGCCCAGCUCAAUCCCCACUUUGGCGAGGAGCUGCCUUGAGCUUGAUGACCCUCUGCUUGAUGCUGGUGACAGGACUUGUAACCUUGGCAACUAUGUUUUUGCAGGUGUCUAAUGAUAUUAACUCUGAUUCAGAGAAGUUGAGUGAACUUCAGAAAAUCAUCCAUCCACAGCAGGACAAUCUGUCUGAAUCACUGAACAACUCCAGAAAGGGUCUUACAGAGGAAUCUCUCCAGUCCCAGAUCUCUGCCCUCCUGGAGAGGCAGGGGCAGAUGGCUACCAAACUCUGCAAGGAAUUCCUCAUCCAUGCUUCUGACCAUAAGUGCAAUCCUUGUCCCAAGACAUGGCAAUGGCAUGGAAACAGCUGCUACUAUUUCUCAGCCAAUGAAGAGAAAUCCUGGCGUGAUAGCAGAAAGGACUGUACGGACAAGAAUGCCACGCUGGUGAAGAUUGACAGUAUUGAAGAAAGGGAUCUCCUUCAGUCACAGCUGUCCCUCACAUUCUCUUUCUUUUGGCUGGGAUUGUCCUGGGAUUCAUCUAGCAGAAACUGGCUGUGGGAGGAUGGUUCGUUGCCCCCUCCAACCCUAUUUAAUGAGAAGGAGCUUGCCAGUUUCAAUGGAUCCCGAGAGUGUGCUUACUUUGAAAGAGGGAAUAUUUACGUUUCUCGCUGUAGUGCUGAAAUUUCUUGGAUUUGUGAGAAGACAGCCUCCCUGGUGAAGAUUGAAGAUUUGGAAUAAUUUGAGUCUUCUAAGUUUAUCCAGCAGUAAGGCCUAUGGCAAACCCAUGCAAGAAAGGAGGAAGCUACAAUAUUUGAGCCAAAAACCAACUAAAAACUGACUUAAACUAUCCCACGGACAAACCUGCUUCCCAGAAUAUUCUCCUCCUCACUGUGUGAUCCCCUCUGACCUGGUGUUCUGAUUACUUAGAUAUUAAAAUGUUGUCAAGUGCUCAGGAAAGAACAUGUCUUCUUAGUCUGUCUGUCAAUAAACAUUGUUUCUUGCUUUAUUCUUACAAUUCUACACAGAGACUGGGUGAUAUUUAAUGCUAGACCAACACAGGCCACAGUUUUUGAGCAAGUUCUAGGAAACCCUUGUUAUAAAAGCUGCUCGAUCAUGUACAGGUCUGAGGGAGCCCAAGGUAAAGGACCUGGGACAACAGUACUGCAUUGCUGAAUUGAAAAUAUUUUAGUAUUUUAGAGAGUAUCUAUCUAAACCCCUAAGUAUCAGCAAAAUAACCUAUGUAUUAUAAAUUCUUAUAACUUACACAAAGGAGGAUGAACAUUGUGUCUUAAUAUCUUUAUCAUUUAUUUAAACUAGUAAUAUUCAAGUUAUUGAUUUGGCAAUCAGCAAUUUAUCAGAAUAAUAAAGACUUUAUUCUAUUACCAUUAACAUGUUAUGUAAUUUUAUUUUGCAUAUACAUAUGAACACCAUGCAUUUAUAUGUGUGUAUGUGCACAUGUGUGAAUACCCGUACCUGUGCAUGCAUGUAGAGGCCAGAGGAGAGCACUGGGUGCCCUUCUCCAACCCUCUUCACCGUAUUGUAUUUCUUUGAUGCAGGUUCUCUCCCUGAAUGAGGAUGUUGUGGGUUUUUUUUUCUUUUUUUUCUUUUUAGUUAGACUGGAAACCAGCAAUCACCAGCCAUCUUCCUGUUUCUGCUCACUGUUUGUGAAGUAACAGGCAUGUGCCUGGCCACACCAAGAUUUUGGAGCCGAGCUGAGAUCUGAACUCCCAUCCAGAUGUUUGCUCAGCAAGUGCUCAGCACUGCCAAGACAGCUCUCCAUCACUACGAACUUUAUUUCCUUCUGAGACAUAUCAAAGCGUUAUUUGAAGACAUGUUAUUAAAACAAUAAUUUUUUAAAAAACAUUCCUGAAACAGUCUGCCUACAUCCUUGCAGAAGCUAAAUACUGCAAAUCUAGGCUUCAAUCUUUCUGAGACAAAAUACUGACUUCAGGAUAUUCAUGAAUAAAAUGGAUUUGAUUUUCUUGUCA